AUGAAGGACCUCACUGAGAAAUGUGAUGAGAAAUUUGAUGAGAAAUUCGACCAAAACUCUUCCAAAUAUUUUCCCACAGCUACUUUCGAGCUCUUUCACACAACCACCGCCGUGCAUGUAGUCUCCAUUUUACAGAUCUUCUUGAUUCUCCUCUUUGUGGCCAUCUAUUGGGGAAUGGAGAGUCAUGGGUUCUUUAUCCAGAAAAACUACUUCCGUUUGGUGGUGGCCAGUGUGGCAACUCUUUACUUUGCUGGAAUCACAGCUGCGAUUUUUGGUGUUUACUUGGAACGAAGACCACUUUUGAAUAUUCAGAUUAUCGUUCUUCGAUCAUUGAUGAUUUUCGCGGACAUGAUCGCUUUGUCAAUCAUUUUGAUAAUGGCAAUCGGGAAUCGACAGAAAUGGAUUGAAAGCAUUCCAUCGCAUUUCGUGAAUCAGAAACGCUUCUACAACUUGUUAGGUCCAUUUUGGAUGUAUCUUGGUGCAAUUUCUCUUCACAUUACUGUCGCCGGGAAUAUGAUUUUUCUCAAAAUCGUCAAUUGUUGUAUGCACAACGCGUAUUGUAGUGUCGUGGUGUCUCUGCGUCUCUUCACAAUUCCCACUCCCCCUUUCGUAUUCUUUGUCCACAAAGCGACCUUACUAAGUAUGAACCCGCGAAAAGGACCGAGCAAGGAGAUUGCGAUGCGUUAUGGCCUUCCCGAUCGAUGGCUAUACUGUCCGAAAAUGGGAAAUUUGGUGACGAAUCGCUUUUUCCCGUUCAAAACGCCACUCUGUUCGCUGUACGACGAUCAAAUACCCGAUCCGGCUCUGCGUUUUCACCCAAGUGACGUUUUCUCGGCGAUCAAGAAGCAAAAUCGAAAAAUUGGCUUGUGGAUCGAUCUCACGAAAACGGAUCGUUAUUAUGGAAAGAACGAGGUUGAGGAGAACGAUUGCAAGUAUCGGAAAUUGCCCUUAGCUGGUCAUGGAGCCACUCCGACAAAAGAUGAGGCUGAGCGAUUCAUUCGCAUAGCCAACGGCUAUUUGGGUGAUGAACCAGAUGGUGUGAUCGGUAUUCACUGCACUCACGGAUUCAAUCGAACGGGUUUCCUCAUUUGUGCCUAUCUAUGGAAUGUUGAUAGUCUAGCGAUGGAUGGAGCGGUGACGCUCUUUGCCCAAUGUCGCCCUUGUGGAAUCUACAAGCAAGACUACAUCAAUGAUCUCUUUGAAAGAUACGAAAAAGAUGGCGAUAUGUUAGAAGCUCCAGAGAGGCCGUCUUGGGACCGAAAUGAGGCAAAUUCACUGGUCAAUGCACCGGCUGGUCAAGAUGACGGUGCUUCUACUUCAAAUGAGAAUGUGACUGCUGGUGGGAAGCAAUUCAUGGAAGGGGAAGUCCCGGGUGUCACUUUGGUGAAUGAUCCAAUGAAGAAGCAAAUGCUACGAAGCAAGAUCAGAGAGCAAUGCGGUUAUGGAAGGGACGGCUUUCCCGGUUCUCAACCAGUUUCACUUGAAUCUUCUCCUACUAACAACAAUCUUCGAUUUAUUGCUGAAAGGCCCUACAUGGUCUCUUGGAAAGCCGACGGAAUGCGUUACUUGGUGUACAUUCAAGAUGAGGAUGAGAUCUUUGCCUUUGACCGUGACAAUGAGGUUUUUCAAAUCCCGACUCUGAAAUUUGUUCAACGACGUCGUGAAAAGCGCGAACCGUUCAAGCAUCUCACGGAUGUUCUCGUUGACUGUGAGGUGGUUAUCGACAAAGUGGAGAUAAAUGGGAAAACAACCCAAGUACCCCGGCUUUUCAUCUUCGACAUCAUUCAUUUUGGAAAGUUCUCUUUGAAGAAAGAGAACUACGAGCUUCGUCGACAAUGCAUCAAUAAAGAGAUCAUCGGCCCACGAGCAGACGCAAUUGCAAGUGGUUUCAUUCGAAGAGAACAAGAGGUCAUGUCCGUUCGAAUCAAGGAAUUUUGGGAUAUUUGCGCAGUGCCAAAACUCUUUGACGAAAAAUUCGUGAAAAAUGUUGGGCAUGAGAUUGAUGGGCUAAUUUUUCAACCUUGCGAUGAGCCGUACAUUGCCGGUCGACAGGAUUCAGUUCUGAAAUGGAAACCGCCAUCUCACAAUUCGGUCGACUUCCUAUUGCAAAUCCGUCGAAUCGCAAGGGUCAAUGAGCUGCCAUUUUACCAGGGAUGUCUUUAUGUUCAACAUUAUGAUCAAGCUUUUGCAAAUAUUAAGGCCACAAAAGCUCUUCAGCCAUAUGACGGGAAAAUCAUCGAAUGCACAAGGAACGAGAGGAAAGAAUGGGUGUUUAUGAGAGAAAGAACUGAUAAAUCACUGCCAAAUUCCUACAAAACGGCAAUGGCCGUGCUUCAAAACCCGCUGAGUUGUCGUGAAGUUCAACAUCAAAAAUACGACAACGACGGAAGAUGCAGCGCGGCCAAAGGAAACAAUAUCUUCAAGAAAACGACAGGAAGGAAAUCGGAUUACUGGAUGUUUGUGAACAGAGAAGGCCGAGGAAUCUUCCAGAACACUCACAGACGACGUUUUAAUUGCAAAGACAAGGGUGACAGCCAGCUGAUGGGACGAAUUUGGCAUGAGUUGUCUGCUGAGAAGCGAGCGAUGUACAGACAGGAGGCACAACAACAAAACGCGCCCGAUAUGGUGAAACAACGACGAAAUGAGGAGGCUUUGCGAUGCCGAGCUUCGCAUCAAAAUGCGGGACUAACUGGAUAUGAAAUGAGGAUGAAAAUACGCCAGGAGAAACAUGAAGAAAUUGUGCACCGCCUGGCAGCGAAUGCAGCCACUGAAAGCGAUUUGUCGUCAUUUACGGAUAAUCCUCUGUUUUUUUAUGGAGAAUCGAUGCAUUUAUUCGCACUAAAAGAGCUUGAAUUUGCCAAGAGUCAGUUGGUCAUCAAUUAUGUCGAGAAAAAGGGAGAAGUUUUGAAAGGGACUCUACAGAAUCAAAACUAUGCCGUCAUAAAAGUGAACAUCUAUGACUCGAUAUUCGUAUCGGCCUCCUUCAAAGCGCGAGCCCAUCCAUCUGAAUUAUCGUUGGUGAUUUUCAAUCAAGCACAAGGGAUUCUGAAAACGAAAUCAUGGAUCUUCACGUUCAAUUCACAAUUGCUCUACGGAAGUCCCGAUGGUGUCCCCGAAAAUUCGCAUGACAAUGUUCAAGCUCAAGAAAACAAGACAAACAUCUUUGUCGACCACAAAAAGAAAGAUCGCAAGAAUGAAGUGCUUGUUUAUCAGGGUUUCAAUCUUUUGCAAGAGGUGAUCAACGAGUACAAUGUACAACGGGUUCUCGUCUCAAAAAGGGAUUGGAAUCACUCAAUGAGCGCCUUGUUCUUUUUGGCACAUGCAGCACAAUGUGAGAAACAAUUUAAAGAUCUGAGGCCGAAAAUUUCACUUUUGGAGGAAACCUUGGUUGCAAGGGAUUUUUACUGGAAAAAACGAGAACCCAAAGCUACUUUUCACCCAUUCAACCAAGAGAAACUCGAGGAAUUCGUAUCGAGACCAAUGAUGAUCGACGACGCGCACAAUCGGAUUCUUGUUUGUGCGCAUCACGCGGGUAUGGCGACACUUUUUCAAAUCAAUUGUUCGCUGGCUCGGGCGGCUGUCAUUGUACACAACAUCUUCGCAAUGUGGAUGGAAACAAAAUUUGCGGAUUGGGAUGAAUCACCUCAAAAUUCUCGUUUUUCCUUUGCUCAACCGAUGACGGAAAGUUUCCCGCUUGUUGACCCUGAAGCGAGCAUCGAGCCGGUGUUGACGAAGCUGGCCGAGAUGAAUGUGCAAGAUCUUGUGAAUGAACAGCGUGAUAAUGAUGCGGGUUCAAAUCCGGAAGAGCAGAUCUUUCACAAUACAGAUCGAGAUGACGCUUUCGACAAUAUUCGAUAUCGCAAUCGUGGCCAACCAUCGAGCUACGCUUCUCUACAGAACGAUGGGCGCUACUCUGCUUCACUGCUUUCUGAAAAACGUGACCCUUCGCCGGAGGAGUAUCGAUCUCGUCAGCAAUCCGCUCAACAAUAUCGAUACUCUUCUCCACAACAAGCACAAUACGAUCAAUAUGGACGUCCGAGGCAGGAUGUACAGAAUUCUCGAUACUCACCACCUUUCCAAGUUUUCCAAGAAAGACAGUCCCGUUACCAGCAAGAAGACCAACGCCGCUAUUCGUCACCACAAAGACAGCAAGAACCUCGGUAUUCACAAGACGAUCGUUAUAUACAGGGAAGAGAUGAGAAUCGUUAUCCACCAGGGAGAGCGGAAAAUCGCUACCCACAAGGAUACUCAUCGUCACAGAAUGGACAGCAACAACGAUACUAUCAAGAGGAGCCCCGUCAUCGGCAAAGGCAACCAGAGCCUCGCUAUCCGGACCGAAUGGGUUCGAACAUCCCACCUCCACCGUCCUAUGAUGAAGCAAUUGGCGACUCAAUCUCGCGUGUUGCUUGUGAGCCAAGCGGUCGAGCCUCGCAGAAUUCUUAUGGUGACUCAAGUUACUCGACUCGAAUGGGAAGCACGAAUGGUCGUCGUGAUGAAUCAAGGACCCAAGCCAAUCAAGGUCGGAAUGAUGGCUAUGAUCGGCCAGCUCGCCAGAAAUUCAAUCAACAAAGUCGUCCUGCUCCUCGAAUGGGUGGAGCUCGAGCUACUCCUCAAUUUGAGGAAAUGACGACUUCAAUAGCUUCAUCCUCUUCAUCUCUUUCUACUUCAAAAGAACAGAAUCAUCCGAAGCUCACGUUCAAGACUCUUUCAAAACGUGAGUUCUACGAUUUCGAAUCCGAAAAGCAACGGAUUCUUGGCCUCCGAACAAGGACCACAAAGCCUAAUCAAUUUUCCGAAUUCUUGAUUGGAAGACCAACAUCACCAAGAAAC